CUUCCGGCGUCCUCCUCACGUGGGCAAUUUGCUUCAGGCAGAAUUGGCUCAGUUACUUACUCGGGAGGUCCACUUCACUGGGUGCUGUCGGAGAUGCCUGGGCGGGGAAGGCGCCAGAAUCGCGGUCCACAAAGAUCAUCCGAGAGAAAAAAGGUGGACGACGCUGCCCGGGGGGCCCGCGCCAGGGCCGAGACAGCGGUCGCCAUGACAGAGGCGGCCGCCUCUCCCGCAGCUACCGCCCAGCCUCCAGCUCAGAGUUCGCUGGCGGCCUCCUUGAGACGCCCGGCUGGGGUUGGCCUGACCUUUGCGGACAUUGCCCUGUACUUCUCCAGGGAAGAAUGGAGUCUCCUCAGUGAAGCUCAGAGACGCCUGUACCUGGAUGUGAUGCUGGAGAACUUUGAACUUAUAUCUUCACUGGGUAAUGCCUUCACUCUGCCAGUGGUGUGGGCCAGGCUUUGCAUUUCCCUAUGCCCCCUAUUUUCUAGGGAGUACUCUCUCCUCAUUCGUGGACUAUAACCACUGCUUGAUUUUUUUCUGAGCAGUUCCUUUUUUUGGUAGGGCUGCUUUGCACCACUCUUCUCCCCCUGCAAUACCAGUCCCUGUUGUUCUAAACCCUCAGGGAAAGAUUUGUGGUUUGUCAUGUUUCGUGGAGACUAAUAAAUACCAGCUUGAUUUGUG